GAUUCAGCUGUGAAGAGACUCUAAAAAGGAGAGGGGAAGGAAUGAGACCUCAGGAGCACCGGACUGUCAGCGCUGAGCAGGGUUAAGCUCAGUUUUUAUUGCUCACCGAGAGAGGAGAAACUGAUGAUACAUUGAAUUUGAUAUCUUGCUGAAGCCGUAGAUAAUGAGGAUUUAUCAUUGCCUACCAUUAUUCGUCUGGACCUAUUUGUUCCAUACAUUUGAUGCUAUUCAAUUACAAGAAAAAGCUAACAAUUAUUUAUCAAGCAAAAGGAUAGUGGGUCUGACAAAUGAUGAUGGUAAAAUGCUACAUCGCACCAAGCGUGGCUGGAUGUGGAAUCAGUUCUUCUUGUUGGAAGAAUACACAGGUACAGACACACAAUAUGUAGGCAAGCUGCACACUGACCAAGAUAAUGGAGAUGGAAAUUUAAAAUACAUCUUAACAGGAGAUGGGGCUGGCAGUAUUUUUGUUAUAGAUGAAAAUACAGGUGAUAUUCAUGCUGCAAAGAAAUUAGACAGAGAAGAAAAAUCUCUGUACAUUCUUCGUGCCAAGGCUAUAGACAGAAAAACAGGUCGACAAGUGGAGCCUGAAUCUGAAUUUAUUAUUAAAAUCCAUGAUAUCAAUGAUAAUGAACCAAAAUUCACCAAAGAGUUAUAUACUGCCAGUGUUCCUGAAAUGUCUGGAGUUGGUACAUCUGUUUUACAAGUGACUGCAACAGACGCAGAUGAUGCCAAUUACGGUAAUAGUGCUAAAGUGGUGUAUAGCAUUCUACAAGGACAGCCAUAUUUUUCAGUGGAUCCAGAAUCAGGCAUAAUAAAAACGGCAUUGCCUGACAUGAGCAGAGAAAAUAGAGAGCUUUACCAAGUGGUUAUACAGGCCAAGGAUAUGGGUGGCCAAAUGGGAGGUCUUUCUGGAACCACCACAGUGAACAUCACUCUGACGGAUGUCAAUAACAACCCUCCACGUUUUCCCCAGAGUACAUAUCAAUUCAAUUCUCCUGAGUCUGUUCCUCUUGGAACUCAUCUUGGAAGGAUAAAAGCCAAUGACCCUGAUGUGGGCUCAAAUGCUGAGGUGGAAUACAGCAUCGCUGAAGGAGAGGGAGCAGACGUUUUUGAUGUCAUCACUGACAAGGAUACACAGGAAGGGAUUAUAACUGUCAAACAGAAUUUAGAUUUUGAAAAGAAAAUGCUGUAUACUUUAAGAGUAGAUGCAAGUAACACCCACCCUGAUGCACGAUUUCGACACCUGGGACCUUUCAAAGACACAGCCAUGGUGAAAAUAUUUGUGGAAGAUAUAGAUGAGCCCCCUGUGUUCAGUAAAAUCUCUUACUUGAUAGAAGUUGAUGAAGAUGUGAAGGAAGGGAGCAUCAUUGGUCAGGUUGCAGCAUAUGACCCAGAUGCCAUGAACAGUUUAGUAAAAUACUCUGUAGAUCGACAUACUGAUAUGGACCGGAUUUUUAGUAUCCACGCAGAAAAUGGCUCUAUUUUCACUUUGAAACCCCUAGAUAGAGAAUCAUCUCCUUGGCACAACAUCACUGUUACAGCAACAGAAAUAAAUAACCCCAAACAAAGUAGUCAGAUAUCUGUCUUCAUCAGAAUUCUAGAUAUAAAUGACCAUGCACCAGAAUUUGCCAUGUACUAUGAAACAUUUGUUUGUGAAAAUGCAAAGCCUGGAGAGUUGAUUCAGACCAUCAGUGUCAUGGACAAAGACGACCCUCCUCGAGGACACAAAUUCUUUUUUGAACCAGUUCCAGAAUUUCCUCUCAACCCAAACUUCACAAUUGUAGAUAAUAAAGAUAAUACAGCAGGUAUCAAGACUCGGAAAGAUGGGUAUAGUCGCAACAAAAUGAGCACCUAUCUGUUGCCAGUUUUAAUCUUCGACAAUGACUACCCAAUCCAGAGCAGCACCGGCACCCUGACCAUCCGUGUGUGUGCAUGUGAUAGUCAAGGGAACAUGCAGUCCUGCAAUGCAGAGGCCUUGGUCCUCGCAGCUGGCCUGAGCACAGGAGCUCUCAUAGCUAUUCUCCUUUGCAUCCUCAUCCUGCUUGUUUUAAUUGUGUUGUUUGCGGCAUUGAAGAGGCAAAGGAAAAAGGAGCCUCUAAUCAUUUCUAAAGAUGAUGUCCGGGACAACAUCGUGACCUACAACGAUGAAGGUGGAGGGGAAGAAGAUACACAAGCUUUUGACAUAGGAACAUUGAGGAAUCCAGAAGCAAGGGAAGACAGUAAACUUAGAAGGGAUGUCAUGCCUGAAACGAUUUUUCAAAUUAGGAGAACAGCACCCCUCUGGGAAAAUAUUGAUGUCCAAGAUUUUAUCCAUCGACGAUUGAAAGAGAAUGAUUCAGACCCAAGUGCUCCUCCCUACGACUCCCUGGCCACAUAUGCCUAUGAAGGGAACGAUUCCAUUGCAGAAUCACUGAGUUCUCUAGAAUCUCUCACCGCAGAUUGCAAUCAGGAUUACGAUUACUUGAGUGAUUGGGGGCCUCGGUUCAAAAAACUCGCUGAUUUGUAUGGCGGUGAUGACAGUGACAGAGAUUGAGUAUUGUCUACUUAACCAAUGUUAAUCGAAUUACUCUCUUUGUUCUUAGAUUGAGUGGCCUGCUGUUCUCUUCCUUGGAGGAAAUUUCUUUAAAAUUGAAGUUACAUACAAUACAUAGGUGUUGUCUUAGUAAGGAUUUCCUUAACCACUAAGUUUCUGUGAAUGAAUAAGAAUGAAUAGAAAUUUUAAAAAGUAAUACUAACCAGUCCGCCCUCUCUGCCUAAGGAUCUCUGAAGGAAAGUAU